GUGUGGCUCGCUACCAAAUUUCGUUAAAUUAUAAAACUUUCCGCGGUCUGCAACAGUUUAUUUUCAUAAAGAUGUCAGUGUUAUAUUUGAUUGUCGUCUUUAUAACCAACUUAACCCUCGCUGAGUGUGGUUGGACAAGAGUACAACGAAACGAAUUCGUAGAUUACAACCUUGAGAAGACCCCACUACAAAUUAAAACAGAUAGUUUACUUGGAAGUGGAGAUGUAUCUAGGGUGUACUUUUACGAUUCACAAAGCCAUUAUUCAGGAGCAUUCGAAAUCAGGUUCGACUCAACUCCACAAUAUUACAUUCGCGGAUGCAAAAGUCACACUGACUUUCCAACUAAUCUGCCUUCACCAACAGACAAGAUUUGGAAAAUAGCAUUGCUCAAAAGUUCGGAAACAAUCAACGAGCAAGUCGGUAACGAAAGUUCAGCUGUCAGACUUGUGGUUGACUGCAACGGAGUGGAGGUUCUAAACUUUGUGUUCUCUCCUUCAACAUGUCCGUACAAUAACUGGGUCAGCCCCUAUCUCGGGAGGCACGUGACUAAGAUAUGGUUCUAUUCUCGUGAUACUGCCUCUGAUUACUACAUGUCUCAACCAGGGCCCUGCGGAUGCUCAAAGAUCAACAGUUCCACUUGGACAGCAACUGAUAUAAAGUACCACGUCACUGCUGGUAAAAUCUUUCCAAUGAAACCCACCACCGUCGGCCACAAAGUUAUCAGAAACGGAGGCUCUGAGACUCAUACUGUGAACGUGAGUGUGUUGGAGACAGUAAUGGAGACGAUGUUAUUCAGUCAACCAGCCGGAGUAGCUGCUGGAACUACCUUUACUGCCAGUGUGCCCUUUAUCACAACUGGAGAAAUAUCCUUAGCGUUGUCCGCUCCGUACGAAUUUAGCUACGGAAAAGAGAAAUCAGUUGAAAAAUCAUUGAAAAUCGAAUUUGAAUGCAAAGGACCGGCUGGGAAGACCUCCACUUGCUCUGUCGUCAUUAUCCAGGAGCAAGCUUCUGUUCCAUACACUAUGACAUGGACCAAUAAUAAUGAUCAAGCAUGCACCUGUGAAGUGAAGGGGUUAUACAAAGGAGUUGCUGCCAAUAGAAUGGAAGUAAUAAUCAACGAAAGUGUAAAAGUUUAACCAGCUCAACUUGAUUCGAAACGCGAUUGCAGUUCCAACAAAAGUUCACUAGAUGAUUCUAUUUAUUACUA